AUCUACGGAAGAAAAAGUUUAGUAUCAAGAAGAUACCAUGCUGAUAUAUACUUUUCAAAAUUGAAGUGCGUAUCUACGUUUACAGCCUACAAUUUCGAGAAGUCCAAAUGGGAGGAGCGCAUUUUGCCCACAGAACCAAGAGAUUAUUUUGGCCAGAAGGGUUUUGUUCUUGGUCUCUCCAGUGAUUCUACAUAUCUAGUUGUGAUGCAAACCGGUCCUAGGAAAUCCACUGCAGUUAUUUAUUUCCUCCUACUCUCUCCAAAACUUGCAAUUCACAAGAAUCAUAUAAUUAUACGGGAUUACACUCCGCUGACGGGGUUGCGAGUUUAUUUCCAUCCCUGCAGCCGUUUCGUGUGUGCAUUUGUGUAUAAUGAGUAA